AUGGCGCCCCGUUCCUACUCGAAGACGUACAGCGUCCCCCGUCGUCCUUUCGAGUCCGCUCGUCUGGACACUGAGCUCAAGCUCGUUGGCGAGUAUGGUCUGCGCAACAAGCGCGAGGUGUGGCGCGUCCAGCUCACCCUCUCCAAGAUUCGUCGUGCUGCCCGUUCGCUCUUGACUCUCGACGAGAAGGAUCCCAAGCGCCUCUUCGAGGGUAACGCCCUCAUUCGCCGUCUCGUCCGUGUUGGUGUCCUCGAUGAGUCCCGCAUGAAGCUUGAUUACGUCUUGGCCCUCAAGAUUGAGGACUUCUUGGAGCGCCGUCUCCAGACCUGCGUCUACAAGCUCGGUCUUGCCAAGUCCAUCCACCACGCUCGUGUGCUCAUCCGCCAGCGUCACAUCCGUGUUGGCAAGCAGAUCGUCAACGUUCCUUCCUUCAUGGUCCGUCUCGACUCCCAGAAGCACAUCGACUUCGCUCUCACCUCGCCCUUUGGUGGAGGCCGCCCCGGCCGUGUCAGGAGGAAGAAGGCCGCCGCUGCCAACAAGGGUGGUGACGACGAUGCCGCUGAGGACGACGAGGAGUAAAUCCUACGUCAAAAGGAAUGAUUCAUGGGUGACCGGCGUUGGGCAUGACGGGAUGACAUUUCGGGCACGUGUGCUGUCUACGACUUUAGUAUAUCCCGCACGGUUUCGACUGGUGGAAGGCCUUCAUAAACAGCGUGUAGCCUAUCUGCCCAAAAAUUUCAAGCUGCCAUCAUCCG